AUGAGGAACCCAUAUUUAUUUUUUCAUAUUUUAACAUUCCUUGCAAUUGUUGUAAUCCCAACAACUUUGUCUAUAACCCCAUUUAAUGUCAUUAAAAAUGAUGGAAAAAAAAAAAACUUAAAUAGCACUCCUUUUAUGGAUGCCACAAAAGAGCACUCGUUUUUCAGCGAAAUAAAAUUAGAAAAUAGAUUUAAAAAUGACAUCAAAGGGUUUAUGGAAAAUAUAAAAGCUUUUCACAACAUAAUAGAAAAUAAAAUUCCAAACUCGUUAUUAUAUGUACAGGAAGAUUUGCUAAAUUUUCACAACAGCCAAUUUAUUGGCGACAUAGAAAUUGGGACCCCACCACAAAAGUUCAAAGUCGUUUUCGACACUGGUUCGAGUAAUUUUGCCCUUCCCUCGAUCAAAUGUAUCAAAGGGGGAUGUGCUUCUCACAAGAAAUUCAACCCUGACAAAUCUAGGACUUACACAAAGCAGUUUAAGGGCAAUAAGGAGUCAAUUUACACAUACAUUCAGUAUGGGACAGGAAAGAGCAUUCUUGAGCACGGAUACGACGAUGUAUAUUUAAAAGGACUAACCUUCUGCAAAGAAACAUUUUCUCCUUUUACGUGCCAAGGAAACUGCAAGAGUCUGGCUCUAUUACAUUCGGUCAAGCUAACAGUAAAUAUGCCCUUGGAGGAAGAGAAGUGGAAUGAUUUCUGGGAAGUUAACCUGAUAGACAUACAACUCUCUGACAAAAAUUUAAACAUUUGUGAAAAUAAAAAAUGUAGAGCUGCCAUAGACACUGGGUCUAGUUUACUAACUGGACCAUCUAACAUUAUGCAACCACUAAUAGAAAAGCUGGAUCUACAGAAGGACUGUUCAAAUAAAAAGAACUUGCCAAAUAUUUCCUUUAUUUUAAAAAAUGUCCACGGGAAGGAGGUGAAACUUGAUUUCACACCAGAUGAUUACAUUCUUGAGGAAACGGACGAGGAGGAUAAUUCUGUUCAGUGUGUUAUAGGAAUAAUGUCGCUAGAUAUUCCUGCACCUCGAGGACCUAUCUUCGUUUUUGGAAAUGUUUUCAUACGGAAAUAUUAUUCCAUAUUUGACAAUGACCAUAAACUGGUUGGUCUUAUUGAAGCAAAGCAUAAUUUGUAA